AUGCACCGCAAGGAGCAGCCAGAAAUUUCUCCCCACUCUCGUUGCCCUUGCUCUUUCAGUGUUAUUCACAAAGUUAAUUCAAUACACAUGUCCUCCUCACUCCCGCGCCCAAGACGGGCGGGCGAAGACUACACCCGCACUCACCACCUAGACGAAGGUGACGAAGGCGGUCCAUCAAAGAAGCCCCGUUUCGACCUCCGUAAUCCCUCAACACUCGCCCCCGACGCGCUUGACGACGAUGCAAUCCUAGAUGCAGAUGAGAUCGGACGGCGCGGGCAACAAGUGCGCCGCAAGGCCGUCAAUCUCGAUGGCUAUGAAUCCGACAGCGACAAUGAAGGUUUCGACGGGCGCGCCUCGGCCAAAGCACGACAGAAAGAUGCGAAACAAGAGGAGGAGGACGAUGAUAUGUUUGCUGAAUUACAGGAAGACUUCGGUGCCGAGGAAAUAGAUGGUGACGAAGCGCUACGGAAGAACAAGAAGAAUGUGCGGUUUUUACGGGACGACGAGAUUGAGGGACAGGUUGCGUCGUCAAAGAGUGGGCGGACGUUGCGCGUGGACUUGAGCCAAGGUGCUGACGAUGUCCAUAUCGACGAAGAUGAUAGCGAGAGCGAUGUGGCCGAGGAAGAUCGCGCCAAAGUAGACACUGGCAUGGACGAGGAACUUGGGGCGGGUUCAAAGAAGAAACACGCACCCUUACUGGAUGCGUUUAAUAUGCGCUCCGAACAAGAAGAGGGUCGCUUUGAUGAGCAGGGGAAUUAUGUCCGAAAGGCGGCAGAUCCGGAUGCUGUACACGAUACAUGGCUGGAGGGCGUAUCGAAGAAGGACAUUCGACUCGCCAAAGAGGCGGCUGAGAAGCGAGAAUCUGCGAGAAAGGAAAAGGAUCGCAAAGACGAUAGUGUUUUAACAUCAGAUGCCCUUAAAACGCUCAUUACAAAUUUACAGCGCGGAGAGACAGCGCUAGAUGCUUUGGCGAGGAUAGGGAAGGGUGCUCGGAAGAAACCGAAGUGGCAGACGAAACGAAAUCACAAACGAUUAAAGAACGAGGACACAGAGAUGGCAGAAGACGAUCCCAAAGAGACGGUCAGGAAAGAAACAAUUGAAGCUAUUACUGCUGCGGCUGAUAUUCUGAUGGCGCGAGGGCAAGCCGAAAUCUACGACACUGAGCGAGAGGUGUUAACCAGACAGUACCGCCGCGAGACAGGUGAAGACUGGUUUGACCCUCCACAAAAAGAAGAUGCAGUGGCCGCAGACUCUGAGCCAGCGAUGUGGGAAUAUCGCUGGUCCGAUGCCCGUGACGGGGGUGCAGUGCAUGGACCUUACGAUGGUCCAACCAUGCAGUCGUGGCGGUACGCCGGUUACUUUGGCGAAGGGGUUGAGUUCAGAAAGACGACAGACACCGGCGAGUGGAGUAGCACAGUCAACUUUGUAUAG